UUAACUGCUUUAGUGCUGUAUGCCUAAAGAUUAAAAACAUGUAAAUUGUUAUUUAUUUAUUUGUAAAUAUUAAUUUAAAAACAUUGUAGAAAUGUGACCAUUUAAUGCAAUUGAGUUUUCUAGUUUAACUAGUUCUAUGUAUUCGUAUUAUUUCGGUUUCUUGUAUAAUUCUGGGAAAUUAGCUGUCUAAUGGAUUUAUUAUUUCCAUAACAGUUUAAAAUUGCCAGCAAAAAAUGCACAAUCUGUCCCAAAGACUUACACUUGGCUUGUUGUUAUUACUGUUGGCAGAUAUAAUAUGGAUUAUGUCAUCAAAACUUAUUAACUAUGUUCCUUACCAAACUGAUGAUUACAAAAAGCCAUUUUUCUUUGCCUAUACCAAAGCUUCAAUAUUUACUCUCUACUUUCUGGUAUAUAUAUUAUUUAAGGAAUUACGGAAGCCUUGUGGAAACCAAACUAAUUAUAUGUUUGUUAAUUUUGAUACAAUCGAAAAUGAUGACGAUGAUGAUGAAGAUGAUAAUGUUUUUACUGAUGAAACUGAAAGAUUAAGCACAGCAAGCUAUGUUCCCAUUAAAAAUCCUAGUGUGACUUCUGGUACAGAGAGUGAUGAUUCAGGAACUGUGAAGCCAAAUAAUAAAGUUGUUCGAUUUAACAAAGUUGCUGAGGUUAGACAUUUAUCUGAAACAGAAGCAACAGAAGCAUUAAUGGCUCGUUUAUCGUAUGCUGCUACAAUUAGAGCAAGAGAAAUUUGCCGUUUAUCAAGGCAGUUACUAAAUUUACAUCAAACUGCAAAGCUAGCUUUUACAGUAGCACCACUUUGGGGUGUUGCUAAUUUAUUACAUCAAGUGUCUAUGGUUUACAUGGAACAUACCCUAGUGUCUGUUGUAUUGUCCACAACUAGCUUUUUCACUCUUCUGCUAUCUCUAUUUUUUGUUACGCCUCCUACAGAUCGUUUCACGGUCACUAAAUUAAUAACUGUAUUAUUCAGCAUAACCGGAAACGUUAUAAUUACUUUACCUGAUUCUCAUUUUAGUUUUAGUGAAAUUAAUGUUGGAUUUGCAUUAUCCUUAUGUAGUGCUAUUUUUUAUGCAUUGAAUAUUGUAACAUUACGAUCUUGGGUAGAUCAUGAAGAUAAAUUAGAUAUUAUAUUGUACUUUGGUCUUGUUGGUCUAUUUAAUGUUCUAAUGUUCUGGCCACUGUUCAUUUUUCUUCAUUAUUUUGAACUUGAAACCUUUGAAUGGCCUAACAGACAACAAGCAAUUUCAUUGUUAAUAAAUGGAGUUGUAAAAGCAACAUUGCCUGAAGUCAUAUGGUUAUGGGGAUGUUUGCUGACAUCAUCAAUUAUUGCAACAAUGUCUAUAGGACUAACUAUUCCAAUGUCUUUAAUGCUAUAUGGCAUUUCCAGUCAAAACAAGUCUGAUAAUGAGCGAUUUUUGUUACCAUCAUUUUAUUUAGGUUUAGUUCCUACAACUUUCUCUUAUUUUUGUCUAAUUUGGUUAACAUACAGAUUUAAUUAUAAUCAAAAUGAAUACAAUUGUUUAAGUCGUUGCCAGAGAAAAAAUUUAAUUAGGCUUAGAGAUAGUGAUGCCGAACAAGCAGAAUCACUUAUACAAAUUCACGAAACAGACAAAGAAGUAUGAUAUAAAUUAUUUAGACACUUAAAAUUACUCACCAGAAUUGAUUAUUUUUAGUAUUUUUACCUUUUCAUGUGCAAUAUAUUAUUAAUCUUAUUUACAUUAUUUAUUAGAUGUUAUAUUAAAUUUUAAAUCCAGAUUAUGAAAUGAAUAAAAGUAAUUAACCAAUGUUAUUACUUACAAUUUAUUACUAAUAUCAUCUUUGAAUUGAGAGAUGCUUAAAUAUUUACACCAGAAAUGAGUAUAAUCUUGUCAGUGAAUAAAGUUAAAGUUCCUUUUUUUAUUUUUAUUGUGGAAACUAUGACGAUAGUUUGUAUGUAGCAAAUUGGCUUAUGUUAAAUAUCUAAUAUUUUAAAUCUGGAUUUAAAAUUUUAAGUAUAACAUCACAC